CGCGGGCGCCCGGCGGACGCAGUGGGACCGCGCCGCGAGGGCAGCAUGCCGCGCUCCUUCCUGGUGAAAACGCACCUCGGCCACAGGGUCCCCAACUACGGGCGGCUGGAGACCCAGAGAGAAACCGAUGGCUCCUGCGCCGCCUGCGGGGGGCUGGUGGUGCCCCUACUCCUCCCAGACAAGGCAGCCCCUGCCACGCCUGCUGGCCCCGCCCGGCCCUGGGACUGCACCUCUGUCGUCGCUCGCAUCUCCCUGCCCCUCCCACUGAACAGGGAAGCUCGGGGGGUCUCUGGGCCAGACCCCCUGGAAGUCAGCUGGGCAGAGUCUCGGGCUGGCUGGGCCCCCAGUGUACCCCUCAAAGACAGCCUGAACCACCUCAACCUUCCCCCUCUGCUGGUUCUGCCCACACGGUGGCCCCCGAUCCUGGGCCCACAUGGGGACCAGGCUCCAGACAGACUGCUGGGGGCUGAGCGGGGCCCCCGCCCCUCAGGGGGCUUCCAGUGCUCCCACUGCCUCAAGCCUUACCACACGCCGGCCGGGCUGGCCAGGCACCGGCAGCUGCACUGCCACGUUCAGGCCCCGCGCUGCUUCACCUGCAAGUACUGCGACAAGGAAUACGCCAGCCCGGGUGCCCUCAAGAUGCACGUCCGCACGCACACGCUGCCCUGCGUCUGCACCCUCUGCGGCAAGGCCUUCUCCAGGCCCUGGCUGCUGCAGGGCCACAUCCGGACCCACACAGGGGAGAAGCCGUAUGCCUGCUCUCACUGCAGCAGGGCCUUCGCCGACCGCUCCAACCUCCGGGCCCACCUGCAGACACACUCUGACACCAAGAAAUACCAAUGCAAGAGCUGUGCCAAGACCUUCUCCCGCAUGUCGCUCCUGGCGCGCCACGCGGAGUCGGGCUGCUGCCCCGGGUCCUGAGAGGCGCCGCGGUGCAGGUAGGAGGGACAGGACCGCACCCCGAGAGCUGAUGGCUGGUGCCCCUCUUGGCAGCCCCAUGCCGCCUGGGGACCCAGAGGAGCUGGUCAUCCUGGGAGGGCAGGGGCCCGGCCUCCCGCUCGGCCGCGUGUCUCCUCUCCUUGCUCACCACCCGCUUCCGGAGCAGCCCCGAGGGUGGGCGUUAGCGUGAGCCGGGGCUCCUGCAGCCCUCCCGGCCACCUGCCCCUGAGAGGGACGACACUUCUCUCCCCGGGAAGACUCCAUCCACACGAGAGCCGCCGCUCUUCUUCAGCUUGCUCUGGUUUGUUAUGCUCUUCUUCCAAGAGGGAAAGACUGCCGGGAGCUGGAGGCCGGCAUGGACAAUUCCUACCGCUAAGCUCACGAACCGGGCCGCCUUUGGAUCCCUUCACAACUCGAAACCCACAGUUCUGACUCGUGCUGAGCACAUUGAACGGUCCAGCCUUCGUGGGCAGGGCUAGCUCGAGGCUCACCUCCACGUGCCUUUGCUGGGAUCUGGCCCAAGUGUCUCCUGUCACGAGUGCACACACGCACAUACGCACACGCACACACACACACACACCUCAGCCGGCUGUCCCGAAGAUGCAGCAGCAGUAGGGGAUUUAGGCAUGUCAGGAUGCAGCUAGGCCUCCCCCAGGACCGUGGGGCAUUGGGAGGCCCGCAGCCCUGCCCGCUGUCCUCUCAAGUUCUGAGUCUUGCCCAACCCCUGGUCUAGGGAGGAGGCCGAGCUCUGAGAAGUUUCCAGGGGCAGCAGGAGUCCUGGAUAGUUUGGGCCCUUCCAGCCACAGAGUGGGGACACUGGGGCAAGGGCCCCGAGCUGUGAAGUGUUGUGGGAUCGGAGCAAAGCUUGCCGGAGGCAGGCUGGGGAUGGGAACGGCAUUAAGCAGCAUGGAGGAACAACUGAGGGGCGUGAACUCACGCUGGGGGUGAGGGGUGUGAGGGGCCUGGGAACCGAGGGCGGAGGCAAGGCCAUGGGUCUGCUGGCAGGCACUUGUUCCCCAAAGUCUCAGAGGACAGAGUGUGUCCUGUGUCUGCACCCCGUCUCCUGGAUCCUUACGGCCAUCUGCACUGCAGCUGAGGGGCUGUUUCCGCACCUGCCCUAGACACACAUGCCUUUCCAAGCCGGCCCGGAUGCCGGCCCGUAAGGCACCUGGCCCAGCAUCCUGCCCCGCCUGGAAGCGGCAUUCCCUUCUUGUAUGGGGACUCUUCUCACCCCUAGACGCGGGCCAGUCACCCGCUGGACUGGUCCUGACUCUUGCCAGUGUGCCUUAGCCGUCUCUGGCUGGACCCUGGAGGGUGGCACCCAGAAGGAGGAAGGCGGCCUGAGUCUGACGGUGACUGACUGAGUCGUUGACACUGGGAGGGGACAUCUACCUGCUUGUCCCUGUGGGAGCCUGGCCUGCUGUCGGCGGCUCCACUUCUAGCCCCGGCCCAGGGACAGAAUGAGGCAGCCUCAUGGCAAGCAGCAGAGGCCCCUCGGCCCUGAGCUGCCCAGCCCUGCUGAGCCUCCUCUCCAUGCGCAAGGACAUGCCAGCCUUCACCAGGACCGCACCCGGGCACAGGGGACCUUACUCUGCAGCUACCCGGGGGCUGCAGUCCCAACCCUGGCGGUCCCCACCUGAAGAUUCUGUCUGACAUUUGUCAGGGAUGAAGGGCCCUGGGUAGCUGGUUUGAUGACGGCCAUUGGAGGGGUCUUGCAGACAUCCCAGAGGAAAUGACAUUGAUCUUGGGCUACUCUGGACCAAGGGUGACCUUAAUGAAACAGACCACCUAGGAGAGCCCCUCCUCCAGCCUGCAUAUCAGCUGGUGGAAUGAGGACACUCUCUGAGGAAGUCAGGCUCCCAUUCCUGGGCCCACAGCGCUGCCUUCCGCCACAGGGAUCAGCUGUCCCUCGAGGGACAGACGGCGUGAACUGCAGGCUGGGAAUGUGCCACUUAGUGAUGUAUCAGUUUGCCAUGGUGGCUGUAACAAAGUCCCCCAGACCGGGCGCCUCACACCACAGAAGUCCACUCUCCGCCGUCUGGGGGCCAGAAGCCCAGACCACAGUGCCAGCAGGGCUGGUUCCUUCUGAGGCCGAGUGAGAGUCUGCCCCAGGCCUCACCCCCGACUCCCGCUGGUCUGCUGGCAUCUCUGAUGCUCCUCGGCUUGUAGAAGCUUCACCCGCAUCUCCGCCUCCAUCUUCACAUGGGUCUCCCUGUGUGCGUGUCUCUCCGGGUCCAAAUUUCCUCUUUUUCUAAGGACACCAGUCAUCUUGGGUUGGGGCCCACUCUAAUGAUCUCGUCUUGACUUGACUACGUCUGCAAAGGCCCUAUUUCCCAAUAAGGCCACAUUCACAGCUAUGGGGUCAGGACCUCAACAUAUGAAUUGAGGGAGACACCAUUCACCCCAACAGCUAGUGAGAACACAUGGUUUGCUAAGAGAUGCCUGGUGGGUCCCUGUGCUUGAGCUUAAGGAAAGCGUCGAAUCCUCUUCUCCCCUAGUCCAUAAAGACUCGAAGGAACAGUCGAUUUUAACUAAUGGAUUUACUGCUCCCAGGCCAUGUGGAUCCCCUCCCCACAUAUGGCCCCCCUUGAGCGCGUGCCUGCGCCUGUCCCUCACUUCCUCCAUCUCCCGGUAGGGGCCCUGCUGACCCUCCCUCCCGCUGUCUUCCAGGCCCCUCUGCUGCAUGGCAGCCCCUCCUCAGGCCGGGCGAGGCCAGAGCUGCAGCCUCACUUGUGUUCGCGUCCGGCCACCUCACGGGAGGGCUCUUUUUUUUUUUUUGAUAGCAUCCAGAUGCCUGAAGGAAGCUAUAUUGUAAAUUGUGUUCUAUUUCUGGGCCCCAAUAUCUAAAUGGGGCGAUGCACCUGUUGGGUAUGAAGGAGGGAAUUUCACAGGCCUAAAAUAAAGCCCAAUGCUUGCCCU